AUGGCUACGAAGCGCUCUGUUCGCCCGUCGUCUACUGAAGUGGAUAUGGCUGCUCUUCUUCAAAAUGUCCAACACAGCCCUGCCAGCAGUGACCCUACCGUCCAGCAGUUGCUUCUCGCCCUCACGAGCUCUGGCAUGAUUACUGGACGGAAAGCCAGAUCCGACCAUCGAUCCAAUCAUCUGCCGCCGCUCAAGGUCAAACGCAACAUCAUCGAUGUGAUGUACGACCGCUCCGAGAUUAUUGAAGAUGAAGCUCUGUUCACCGACCAUGAGCGCGACAUGUCAGACAAUGAGUCUGCCGAUGGGUGGGAUGGCGAAGGUGAGACCACGACCAUCCGCUUUCAGGAUCCUCAUCACGAGCACACCUACGGCCACACGGCUGUCACCACAAAUGAUGAGACAGAGCUGUACAACGACUUUGACGCAGAACUCGCCGAGGAGGACAUUCCUGCUUCCGAAACAGUUGACCAGCUCAAAAAAUCCCCCAUGCUUCAGUCCACUCUGAAGAAACCUAGAGCCACUGCACGCAUGACUACGGUGGUCACUCCCCUUUCUGGCAGUGAAAAGCUGGAUAGCAUUCUGGUCAAGUUCAUCGAGACUGCCGAGGCUCUCCGUGUUACAUCUCCCCUUAGUGACAUCGCGCGCAUUUUUGAGACGAUCUACUCCAACAACACCCAGAUCAUGAGUCUUGUCGCUGAGGCCUAUCAGCAUUCCGCCACUGCCCAUGAGAAGAAUGCCGAGGGACUCUUCAGUAUCAUGGAGGGCGCCAUCCUGCUCAACGCAUCUGCCAAGAAUCGGUGCAAUGGGAGCACUCGACAGCCCAACCAGCAUGUGGUCAAGCAGAAGCAGGACGCGAUGGUGAAUCUUGUCAAAGCCGCCUUUGAAAGGUGUUACCGCGACACACGAAAGAAUGGACAUACAUGCAACGAGUGCGAGCAUUUCCACAGCCAGAUUCGCGAUUGUUCGCAGAAGCAGGCGGUCGCUAGAGACAAACUCGCCGAGGUCAGCCGUAACUGCCAAAACUUUGCUACGGAAAAGGUUCUCUACAGCUAUGGUUACGAUCAAUACCUCUACUAG